GAUGAGGAGCGGUUAAUUUUUUAUUGUGAGAGAUAUUGAGGAAAAUGUGAAUGAGAUGUGUACAGUUGUUGGUGGUAGUGGGUUUGAGGCGCUCAUUGGCAUUUCAAUGAGGACCGAGGUGACGAUGUGAUAAAGAGCUCAAAUGCUGACGUAAAUUGUAGAUCUGAGAACUCCGGAAAGGAGUCUGUCGACUGGGUGAAUGAGCGAAGGACAUGAACUACUCGCAAGGGAAGGGACGGCUUUACCCAGCCUACAGCCUGAGCGGCAGCGAGGGGGAGGAUAAUUCAGUGGGUACGCGGGGUGGCCGCGUCGGCUAUUCCCAAAAUAAUCACCAGACCAGUCAGUCGCAACAGCACAAUCACUACAAUACGAGUCAGCACAAGCAGCGUACUGGUAGCUUUCAGCAACAGCCACAGCAGCAACAUCCUCUGUAUCACGUAGCAAAUAGUGGUGCUGGUCUUAGUGACACACCGACAUCGGGUAACGCUUCGGACGAAACCCUCACCGACUGCGAACUGACGCAUCUUGCACGAGAGUGGAACGUUGUCAGAAUCAAGUUGAAUGAUGGAAUGAGAUCUUACAAUUACGAGAACAGUUUUCGACAGGGGAAUUCUUUUACGGGGGUGUAUGAGGCCUCAAAGGAGAGAGAUAGGAAGUUUCAGGACAGAAAUGAGGCAACGAUUGAGAUUUCUUAGACAACGUGGGCUCAUAUUGUCAAAAAUUUCUCUGCGUGGAGAGCAGUUGGAAAAUGUAAAAAAAUUCCAACCAUUUGCAAGAAAUAAUAUUAAACAAAGAGAAAAUAAUUUGACAAGAUGAAAACACCUGUGUGGGUGGAUCGUCUUCUGGCAGGUGCAUUCACUCUGAGGGAAGAUUGGACUGGUUGGUUAUAUGCAGGAAUAAAAUUUCUAUCUCUCGUCCUCCUUUUUCACGUCGUUCAAUUGCCCUAGCCUCUUUUCCCUCAUUCAUGCCCUCCUCAUUUUGAAAUGAGCACGUAUAUAUACAUAGAAAGAUAUAUAUGUCUAUAUAUAUAUUUGUAUCCCAGUGAAUUGUAAUUCACAGUGUUUUAUAUAAGAAUCCUUCUGCACGAUGAGUUUCACGAUGGGCUAAGCGACCCUUAAAUUCGUUUAUCGUGGAUAGACGGGCACGAAGCAGAGGUGAAGAUAGAGAAUAAAAGAAAGAAAACUUGAGAUGAGAGAGCAAGAGAUAGGAAAAUAUUCAAGCGCAUAUAAUGGUCUCGGUGCAGUCCAGCAAUUGACGCUGGUAGAGAUUACAAGGCGCAGCUUUUGACUCACCAGUAUUUCUCUGCCAUGAAAUCGAGUGCU